AUGGAGACUGAUAAUAGAACUGCAGGAAAUCAACAAUUACCUGAUAAGACUAUCUUUCAAGAUGGAGUCUAUUUCCACUAUUACACCAUGAUAUCAAUAGAUCUAAAAGAUGCAUACUAUCAGACUCCCAUUCACCAUCAGUACUGCAGGCUUCUCCGGUUCCACAUCUUCAGGGAACAUGUCCAGUUCAGAGGCACCCAGAAUCUUUAUGAAAAUACUAAUGGUAUUGAUAGCCUUCCACAGGAACAAGGGAUAAACAAUUACCAUCACUUAGAUGAUCAAGUCAAAUUUCAGAAGUACAUACCAACAGAACCUGUGAAUGCCUUCAGGUGCAUGGCUGGCUGA